AUGACUUUAUUCCCAGAUAAUAUUGAAAUGUUUGCAAAUGAAUAUGACAGUGACUUAAAGGUUCAAUAUCAAGCUCCAAAAUUGCCAUUUGAUGUUAAUGACUACUUAAAUUUUGAAUUAAAUGAAGAUUUGAUACUUGCAAAUGGUGAUUUUGCUAAUGAUUAUGCUACUUCAAGCUCGGAUUCUGAAAGAUCAAUCAUAAAUUCCUUAUGGGAUGAACAUGAUCAUGAAGAAAUUGGUGAUCAACAAAUUAUGGGACCAGUUGAUAAAGUUGAACAAAAUGAUCUGACAUACAUGGCGUAUAAGAAUGAAUUGUUUGGUAAUGAUGAUUACGAAGAUGACAAUAAUGACAUUAGCCGCUGUGGUGAACUUGAUGAAGCUUUUGCUGAAUCACAGACUCCAUCUAAUACAAAGGUCUUCAACCAAGGUUAUGAUGAUGAUUAUAUGAACAAUGAAGUCGAUUCCGACAAUAACUAUAUUUUGAAUUCAGUUGAUUCAAUCAAAGGUAAGCCUGAUACUUUUUUUAUUUCCAUCACUUGUCUACAAAACCCUCUUUCACAUUUGAUUAUUUUAUUCUAUAAUUUUUUGUAUGAUGGUUAA